GUCUGCAUUGUGAAUAUACAUUGCGUAUACGCAAUAUUCUAAUUGGAACCCAUUUCGUAUUGAGUCAGACAUCACGCAUACGCCGCGUUGUGCAAAAUGAUUAUGGUGCAACAUUUGGUGGCCGCCACGGCUCACAAUUUUGCCAGCCAGGCGGCGGCAGCCCUCGUCAAUGUCUCCAGCUCCAGCUCAUCGAGCUCCAGCUCCAGCUCCAGCUCCAGUUCCAGUUCCUCAUCCUCCUCCUCGUCGCUAUCAUCGGCCACACCCACGCCGGUGGCAUCACCUUUAACGCCCACAUCGCCACCACCAGCUUUGGCUGCUCCAGCGGAGGCUGCAUCACCCGCAGGAGCGGAGCUAAAGGCGGAGGUACAGGAGCUGCCCAAGGAGGAUUCCCCCACAGAACAAGGGGAAACGGUGGAGGCGAAGGAGGAGUGCAAGACGGAGCAGACGGAACCAGGUGCCAUAGUUGAUACCGAGUCAGUGUUGGCGCGGCAAAGUCCAAGUCCAGUUGCGUCCACCACGAAAGCACCUGAAAUCAAUCCCAAGUCACCAGAAGCAACCUCAAGUCCCCAGGUGAAAGAGAACGAGAACGAGGACCAGGAGGAGGAGGAGGAGGAGGUGUCCGACUGUCGGGAAUUUAAAGUGCUUUACAACCACCUAAGACAACAGCAAUCCCCGCCGGACAAAACACGGAGCACCCUCGACGAUGUCUCCAAGAUCCUGUGGGAGCGCAAGCAGCAGCUGCAAAGGAGUUCGGUGAUCACAGCGGCGCCACCACAGCAGCAAUCCCAAUCCCAAUCCCACUCCCAGUCUCAGUCUCAGCAGCAGCCAAUGAGUGACAUCGAGGACGAGGAGACUCUGGAGGAUGAUGCCGAUGCGGAUGUGGAGGCAGAUGGCGAGGAUGAGGAGCUUCUAGAGCCUUACCAGGAUGACUAUGACUCUCCGCUGGAUUUGUCCCUGGGUGGCGCCUCCAAUGCAGCCGCUUCUGCUGCCGCUGCAGCUGCUGUAGCCGCCUCGGCGGCCAGUCGCCGGCGAGGACGCACUUACUCCGGCACCGAGUCUGAUGAUUCUGCGCAGUGUGAGCGGGCAAGGAUGCGCCUGAAGCCGGAACGGAAGGCGGAACGUUCGGCGGCCUACAAGAAGAGCCUCAUGAAGCGAUACUACACUGAAAUUCCUAUUGUCAAACAAUCGACAAGUCCGGCGCCUCAGCAGCAGCAACACUCCCAGCAGCAGCAGCAGCAGCAACAUCUCCAGCAGCAACUGCAACAGCAGCAGCACAAUGCAACAUCCUUUGCCGGCGCCACAGCAUUGCUGCAUAUUAAGACCGAGCAGAAUGCUUUGCUUACACCGCACCAGCUGCAGCAGCAGCAACAGCAGCAGCAGCACAGCCUACAUGGUGCAGCAGGCAACAACAACAAUGCCCACCAGCAGCAGCAACAGCAACCGCUGGCCAUUCCGCACCGACCGCUGCUCCAUAAUCUGCUCAGCGGCGGUGCCAUCCACAAUCCGCAUCACAGAAACUACACGACGGCCACAACAGGUUCAUUUCCGCCCAGUCCCGCCGACAGCGGCGUCUCCGAUGUGGACAGCUCCAGUUCCGGGGGCCAGCCCUGCGCCGACGAGCUGAAGGCGCGCCUCGGGAUGCCACCGGCCUCCUCUGCGGCCAACAAUAACAAUAAUUCUGCGUCUGCGUCCGCUACGGCAUCGGGAUCUGCGUCCGCAUCGGCAGCAGCCGCAGCAGCAGCAGCAGCGGCGGCAGCAGCGGCACACCUUCACACUGGCACAUUUCUGCAUCCGAAUUUAUACCAGAACAAUGCGGCGAAUUCGCUGAGGAACAUAUGGAAUCGCAGUGUUGGGGUGCCCGAUAAUUACUAUGGCAGCAAUGGCGCCAGCAGCGGUGGUGGUCAACCGGGAUCGGGGGGCAAUCCUCAGACUCCUGGCUACCUGCCCACGUCCUACUUCACCUCACCGACGGCAGCAGCAGCAGCGGCGGCGGCGGCCUCGCAGCGUGGUGCCGCCCUCAACGGCUAUCAUUCCCUACACCAACAGCAGCAACAGUCGCAGCAGCAGCAGCAACAGGCCCAGCAGCAGCAGCAGCAGCAGCUGAGCCACCAGCAACUGUCGCAUCAGCAGCAGCAGGCGCUGCAUCAGCAACUGCAGCAGCAACAGCAGCAGCAGCAACAGGCGCAUCAACAGCAGGCGCAGCAGCAGCAGGCGCAGCAACACCCGCACUCGCAGCUGAAUGGAGCGCAUCCGCACUCGCAUCCGCACUCGCACUCGCAUCCACAUCCGCAUUCGCAUUCGCAUCCGCAUUCCACAAUCGCUGCAGCGGCUGCAGCAGCUGCUGCGGCCUCUGUGGUCAGCAGCAGCAGCAGUGCCGUGGCAGCGGCGGCAAUGCUGAGCGCCAGUGCAGCGGCGGCGGCAGCGGCCAACGCCUCCUCGUCCUCAUCCUCGGUGAUCCAACCGGCGACGUCCAGCGUCAGCUACGAUCUCUCCUACAUGCUGGAGCUGGGCGGUUUCCAGCAGCGGAAGGCGAAGAAGCCGCGCAAGCCCAAGCUGGAGAUGGGUGUGAAGCGACGCAGCAGGGAGGGCUCCACCACCUAUCUGUGGGAGUUCCUGCUGAAGCUGCUCCAGGAUCGCGAGUACUGUCCCCGCUUCAUCAAGUGGACGAACCGGGAGAAGGGUGUCUUCAAGCUGGUGGACUCCAAGGCGGUCUCGCGACUCUGGGGAAUGCACAAGAACAAGCCGGACAUGAACUACGAGACGAUGGGCAGGGCGCUGAGGUACUACUACCAGCGCGGCAUCCUGGCCAAGGUGGAUGGUCAGCGGCUGGUUUAUCAGUUUGUGGACGUGCCCAAGGAUAUCGUGGAGAUAGACUGCAAUGGGGUCUGAGGAGGAGGCCUGUAUAUAUAUAAAGGAUCAAUGGGUGAAGGAUCAAAGAUGGAAAGUGGUUCUCCGGGGGAGAAAAAUCUGGGUUAGGGAUUGGUCAAAGCAAAACCGGCUAGCGGCAAUAGUGGCUUCCACAGUCACGCAAGGGCGGGAUAUGAUAAGGAUAACUUGAUCCGAUGAUAACGAUGAUUUCUUUGUACAUGCGCUAAGUUACACACACCUUUAGCUGAUAGUCCCAAUACGCGUAUAUAUAUGCAUAUAUAUAUAUACCUAUGUGUAUCCCACACCCUGUGUCCUGUACCCUAUACAUACACCCCUGAAUUAUGAUGAUGAUCUAUUCAUUUGGCGUUAGUGUUGUACUUGUAACUGUAAUUUUAACUGUAAAACUGUAAACUCUAAACUGUAACGGUAUGUUUAAUUAAUGAAUAUUGUUAUUAUUGGUUAUUAU